GCAUCACUUCCCGUGGCGCUGCACAGACGUACACAACCCGCGGUGUUGCAACAUCCUCCUCCGUGCACAACAUGUCUACUUUCUGCUUCCAGACGCAGUUAGUGGCCAUCAUGGACGCGCUGUCCAAAGCAGCGGUAAUGGAGAUCGGCAAGCUGGUGGAAAUUGAGUCGAAGAUGCUGAAAAUCGAGAUCACCCGCGGGCGAAACGAGAUCGUGUCCCUGACCGAGAAGCUCCAUCUGAUGGAGAAGUUGCUGCAGCUGGCCCAGAGAGGCAGCCAGGACGCGGUGAUCGGCUUGGAGGGCUCGGUGCUGAUGGAGCCCGACUGGACCGCGCGUGUGACUCAGAGUGACAACACAAGCUCAUCCGCCGUGGUCAAAGAAGAACAGCGACCGACACCCGACCCUCCUCAAUCCACGCAAGAGCUGCCCGAACUGUUGCCCGUGAAACAUGAGCCACAAGAGGUGGAGCAUGGAGACUCUGAAGAGCAGACAACAUCUGAAAAUAACACCCAGAAAAGUCCAGGCGUGAGCCAGGAUUCGAGCCAUCGCCUUCAGUCAGUUUUCCCCGACUCCUUCGUGAACGCAUCGCCAUCCUUCCUGGCACCUGCGAGUAGAGUCCCACAGUGGCAUCGGCAUCUUACCCCCGGACACACGCACCAAGAAUCUGCCAAAAUCCUACCCCAAAAUGUUGCCCAGCCACUCCGGAGCGUGAAGACGCACAACUUUAGGAAUUCGGCCGCCAAGAGGUUUGGCUGCCUGCAGUGCGGCAAGAGCUUCCGGUGCUACAGCCAGCUGGAAAUACACCAGAGGAGUCACACGGGAGAGAAGCCUUUUAGGUGCACGCUUUGUGGGAAGAGAUAUGCGCAAAAGGGACAUUUGUACACACACCAGCGCACUCACACGGGGGAGAAGCCCUACCGCUGUCCCAUCUGCGGAAAGGGCUUCAUUCAGAAAUGCACCCUCGACAUGCACCAGCGAACACACACCGGAGAGAAACCCUAUGUUUGCGUGCAAUGCGGGAAGGGUUUCACGAAGAACUGCAACCUGAAGAAGCACCUUUUAGUACACCUGGAUUCAGAUUUGCAAGUUUAUGGCAAUCCGUCAACGUGAGGGGAAGCUUUCCUCACCCGGAAAAUGGACUGAAAACAAAAAUGACAAUAAGAAAGUUAUUAAUACAACAAUAUAACAUGAUAUGUUCAACAGUUUAAAUGAAACAAACUAUUGUGUAUGAAGAGUUAUUUAGUAGUUGUUGUUUUGCUGUCAAUAAAGGUACAUUUUUAAAGCAAAUAAACUCUUUCAAUUAUUACAA